GUUAUACCGGUAGUCCGGUUACUCCGGUAGGUAUAUUGUUUCUGCUGUUCUGCAUCGAUGAUCGAUGUCGUAGUGUGCCGUGUGGAAUGAAUAGGUACACUGUUUAUCCAUAAGCAACGUAUGGUGUUUACGUAUCUAUCUUCGUAAAGGCAUCCAAGAAUUUUUAAUGCUCGAAUGAAAUUAGGUUUUUGAGAUUAUUAACUAAUUAUAGGAAAGGAUUACCAACUAAAUUCUAAAUCCAAAUUGUAUUUAAUAGUAAUAAAACAAUUUAAAUACAAUAAUAUAGUCCUAUAGGCUAUAGCUUUGUGAUGAAGACAAGGUACAAAAGUACGAGAAUCAUCGAUUGGCCACACCAGGAAAAUUCUUCAGCGCCGACAUCACAAUGAUAUAAUAUGAUAUGGUCUAUUACGAAUGUGACAGGAAAUUAGCGCUAACGAGCUGCACCUAAACUGGACUUGGGAUUCUGACGUGCUGACAUUUGAUGUCAUGGCCGGCGGUAGCAUUCCUUCCAAGCGACCUCGACUGAUUAAUAAGGUCGUGUUCUGGUCUCUGUGUCUGCUGACACUGUUGCUUCUGACGCUCGAAAGCUACGGUCCCGAGGGCAUCGUACCGUAUGACUCUGCUGAUGUGCGAUUCAAAGCACCAGAGAUAUUCUUCGAGUUGUCCGAUGAAAUUGUUCUAUCCAGCGACGAGGCAUUAAAGUAUCACUACAACCGUUCCUCAACGGAUGAAGUAGCGAACACAGACAAGAUCGAUGUCUCGUACAUCGCUGACUUUGACGGAGUCAAGCCAGUACCUUUCAAUCGAUCGCUACUAAAAACCAUACUCGUCUGGAACAACGGCUACGGUCUGCCGGCUGAAGGUUUGGCCGACGGCGAUGAACGCGAGUUGGAACGCAUGGGUUGUCCUCAGCCCAAUUGCGUCAUAAUGUCAAGAAAGAAACAAGCUCAGCCUGUGCAGACUUACGACGCUAUUAUUUUCCACUUCAGGGCCACCACGCCAGACGACUUGCCUCUGAUGAGGACGCCUUCUCAACGUUGGGUUUUCCGUGAAUCGGAGCCUGCAUCUUACGUCUUCCAGUAUCCGCACACGUACAACGGCCUCUUCAACUGGACCUUCACUUACCGUACGGACUCGGACAUCGUCAUGAGCCCUGGCCGCUACAUUCCGCUGUCCAAAGAAGAAAUUUCGAAGCCCAAAUCAGCCCUCGAGACCAGGCCGCUGCCGAAGCCCAAGAUGGCUGCCUGGUUCGUUUCCAAUUGCAACGCACAUUCUGGACGAGACCGAAUCGCCCGACAGCUCGAGAAAUUCUUCGAUGUCGACGUAUACGGCCGGUGUGGGCCGCUCAAGUGUGGCCGCGAGGACUCGGUGAGCUGUCGUCGGAUGCUGGAAGAAAAUUACAAGUUCUACCUUGCCUUUGAAAAUUCUCUCUGCAAAGAUUACGCGACUGAAAAACUUUUCGAUACCCUUCGUAACCAGUACUUCGAAUGGAGGUCGAAGUUCAAAAUCUUCAACCCUUACCAUGGCAGCGUCGAGGAGAUCUGCCAUAUGUGCUAUAAAUUACAUCAUGAUAAAACCAUCAAAGUUUAUGAUGACUUGGACAAAUGGUUCAUCUAUGACAGCAAGUGCAAAACAUUGAAGUAUAAAAAUACGAAGCGAAAAUCAUGGUUGAAUAUGUUUGGUUUUUAGCUAUAGUUAUUGUUAGCAAAUUUCGUCGUGUUUAAUGUUAAAAAUCUUCUUCAAGAUUAGAUAACAUGUUCAUUGCUAGUGUGUUAUGAACGUAUUAGUUUCGUUCAUAUAGUACUACUACACUUACCAGGAGCUAAUACAUAACAAUUUAUGUUAAUUUUGUCAUAUCUGUAAACCCGCAAACUUCCAUCAGUGAAUCGAAUAUGAUAUUAUUGUCCAGUCUCGUAGAAAGCGACAAAAGCAUCCCACUAAGUUUCGUUGAAGACCAAGUUGUUACGAAUAUGAUUUUUAUGAAAUUUUAAUGAAUGAUAGCAGAAUUGCACUGCUGAACUGAGGCUGAAUUUUGUUGAAUUUUUGCUUCACAGAGUGCAUACAAUGUUACACGUUUUUAUCAGUUAGAUAGUUCAAUGCUGUCAACUGCUAAGUAAACUAUCAGUUGUCGGGGUCUCAUUUGUAUUGGACCGAAUGCUGAAAACUAUGUGUUCUUUCAUCAAGCGACUAACGUCUACAAAGUAUUGUCCAUUGAUCCAAGAGUAGUAUUUUUCGGAUGCAUCAAUUUAAAUGCUAACGUUGUUUUACUGCUUUUGUUUAGAUAUUGUGUUGUUUGUAGAUAUGGAAGGCAUUGUUUUUUUCGAACUACACUGCCGAAAGUUUUCAGGCUCUUGUUCAUCUUGAGACGGCUUGUCAAAGUCAAUUGGCAAUUAGGCCAGGGCCAUUGGCUCUUUUGCUUCAGAAAUUAGUUUUAAAUAUUUAUUGUGAUCACGGUAUCUUAAUCAUGCAGCAAAUGAUCAUUCCAUGAACUGCAACACAAAGUGAAUAUCCAAUAUUAUUCCUAUAUCAUUUUGCAAUUCAUGAUGCCGUAUCACACUGUUCUUGCAUAUUGAUUAAUUUAUAAUCAUUAAUUGAGAAUAUUUAGUCAUGUCUAUCAUUAAACAUAAUGUUUGGUUCGGUUAUUCGGUUACUAAUAAAACGUAAUUCAAGUUUCUCAUGUGCUCUCAUGUGGUAAUUCAGAAGGCUAUUUAAUAAGAAUUAUAAAGAUUGAGAAAUUUGUGUAAAACAGCACAUCUUGCAAUAUUUAAGGAAAAAAUUAUUGUUUUCAGCCACAAUUCCUAAUUGGGCAUACCAGUCAAUUAUUUGGGAUUGUACAAAUAUUACAUCUGUGCUUGAUUGGGACUAACCCAGUGAGUGUACACUAGCUCACCCAACAUAAUACAGGGUUAUUCUAAAUUAUGGACUUGAAGCAAUUAAUUCAUACUUAU